UGGAGGCGCAUGAAAUCGCAUUAAAUUACAGGGGGAUAUAUAGAAACUAUGGUACAGACAGCAACAAUCAGUGCAACUUGCCGACGCUCGCCGUCUGACUCCGCGUCACCCACCGCGAGGCGCGAUUGCAGAGGCGGUGGACGACGGUGCUCUUCUUCUCGUGAAGGUUGACGCUCACGUGGAUGUCGUUCGUUGCAUGGGGCGCUUGAGGAGGGUGCCGAAGGACGAGAACACACAACAGACCGACGGCAAGCACAGCCACGAUAUGCAGCCACAGGGUGUCAAAGAGCACACCAAAGUCACCCAAGACACUCGACGGAGUUGUCGCCAUAUACAUGGAGGUCGUCGGCGACGAUGGCGCAGCGGCACUCAUGCCGUGCACAACUCGCAUGGAGCGGCGGUGUGACGAAGAAGGUGCAGAGUGCGCAUACGGGUCGGAGAAGAGCGUAAGACCAAAGACGAACGCGCACAGGACAAUGCCGGCGGCAGGGGCGGCUAGGGUUGCCUUGUUGAUGACGGGAGAAGCGGGGGGAAGUUCCGAGGAGGCCGCUUGAGACGAAGAAGUGGAGACAAGGCUGCGCAGAAAAUGCAGUUGUUCUGUGAGAGACUUGAUCGUGGCGUCCCGUGCUGCUAGUUGAGCAUCUCGCUCAGCCAACUGGGCUUUCAGGUCGCUAUUUUCGGUCGCAAGAUCCGAUACUUGGUUUUUUCGGCGCAGGCGAGACUUGUUCGCACUCUCACGGUUCUUCAUUAGUCGAAUCUCAUGCUUUGAACGCUUUGAAACCACUUGAGACUCCACCAAGUUAGAGUCGCUGUCAAGGCUACGCUUCACCGUUGGCAAGCCGAUCGGCAUGGCAAACGGAAGCGUCAGGGCAGCAGGGACUACUGCAGGCAUCCACGGAUACGCCGUCGCCACGGGGUACGAGUUCGUAGGGGAUGCCGUCGUGAUUGACGAGUCGGAGCAUUCGCUCGCAGACGGCGACGACACACCUGCGCUGGAGCUAUCGUCUGUCGUGGUGUCGUUGAAGUCAUGCGGAAACACCUCGUUCUUGAACAGGGGCAAGUCGUCAAAGAUGUCGAUGUCGUCUUCCAUGGUCGGGUGGGUGGACGAAGGUGGCGCGCCAUCAAACAGACAUGCCAUGUCCUCGUCGAUCAGGAUCAUAUCUAAAUGCGCUGUGUCCAUGGCGGCGGUCGUGCGUGGAACAAGCCGAAUGCGAAAAUGCCAUGCUGGAAUAGCGCGGUUUCGACUUGGUCGCGUUUGAUUGGUGGAAUUGGGGAACCUACAUUCUGGAG